CGGUUUUUGUUUAAGAUUCAUAGUAUCCAGCACUUCACAUUAGUUCAUAUUCAUUAUUUUAUCAUAUAGUACACUCACAUUUAGUAAAAGAAUUCAAGAAAUUUAAUGACCUCUAAAAUGGAAAUUGAUUUAAAAAAAAAUAAAAGUAGCAUAUUGAACAAAACUCAACGUAAUACAAAGGAAAUCGCAAUACUUCUUUUACUUUACACCGUUCAAGGAAUUCCUAUAGGACUCUCAACGUCUAUAGUUUUUUUGUUACAAGGUUACGUGUCUUAUAAAGAUCUUGGACUUUUUUCCUUGGUCACUCUCCCAUUUAGUUUAAAAAUAUUUUGGGCACCUCUAGUUGAUUCUUUUUAUAUUGAGAGGAUAGGAAGGCGUAAAACAUGGAUCAUAGGUGUUCAAACAUUAUCUUUUCUUGUUAUGUUUUGGGCUGGUUAUCCCUCUUCCGUUGAUUCAUGGUUAGGGUAUGCGAAUACUACACAGGGUCAAGGGAAGCCAAAUGUUUCUAAUCUAAUACUUUACUUUGUUGUCCUUUUUGUCUUAAUGUCAACACAGGAUAUUGUAGUUGACGGAUGGUCUUUAACGUUACUCUCUAAAGAGAAUCGCUAUUUAUCAUCCACCUGCAACAUUGUUGGUCAAAUGUUAGGGGUCUCGAUUUCAAAUGUGAUUUUCUUAGCUCUAAAUGAUCCUAAAACAUGUAAUCGGUGGAUACGAACGUCUCCUUCCUCUGAUCCGAUUGUCACUUUAGGAUCUUUCUUAAGAAUCUGUAGCUACGUUGUUGUUUUUUCAACAAUUUUAGCAUCUUUUUUUCCCGAAUAUUCGUUAAAAAAUGAAAAAUCGGAUACUGAUAAGGAAGAAUAUCCACAUUCGGAAUUUCCUUAUGAAAAAAAAUCUAUUGCUUCCACUUAUAAACAGCUCUUUUCUUUAUUGUCAAUAGCACCAGUACGAAGUCUUAGCCUGGUUCUUUUAUCAGGACGGGUUGCUUUCGGAACACUUGAAUCGGUGUUUCCUUUAAAGCUUGUUGAAGCCGGGUUAAAAAAAGAACAAUUGGCAUUCUUGACAUCUUUACUACUACCUAUAAAUUUUCUGUCCCCCAUUAUCAUUAGCCGAGUGGUUCACGGACAUAAUUCUCUAUCUCUGUAUUUAGUGGGAUGGCGAUUUCGCGUUUGUAUAGGCUUUUUAUCCUUAUGUUUCAUAUGGCUUACUAGAAUAGUGUAUGAAACCUUUGUUUUAAAUACAGCCUCCACCAUUUUGAUAAAUAGUCUGAUAAUGCUUAUGUUAGCUUUACAAACUAUUUGUACAGAUUUAAUGUUUUCAUCCCAAGUGUCAUUUUUCGCUCACGUUGCUGAUUCCAAUAUAGGUGGAACAUAUAUGACUUUUUUAAAUACGGUUACGAAUAUCGGAGCAAAGUGGCCUUCGUUUUUAGCUUUACUAACCCUUGAUAUUUUUGAAAAACUUUUGGGAGCCAAAGGCUAUGUUAUACAACAUUUAAUUUUUACAUUUCUGGGACAUUUAUGGUAUAAAAGAGCUACCUCGGCUCUCUAUUAUUUAGAGCAGUGUCCUCUUGAUAAAUGGAAAACACUUAAUUAAUACACAAACCUUCCACUUAUCAAACAAAUAUUUAUUUUUUUCAUGAAGUAAUUUUUUUUUUAUCAAUCAUUUUGUCUUACUGAAAAUGUUUUAAAGUACCACAAUUGUCUUGCUAGUUUUCUAUCGAAACCGUUUUGAGCUUAUUUCCCUUAUCUAAGGAAUUCACUAAGCUUCAUUUCUUAAUUUUAAAACAAAAUUCUCACAAGGACAAAAAAAAUACGUUUUCUAAUGACUAGUUAUCUUUGUAUUCCAAAACUUAGUGUAGCCCUCGACGGCAACUACUAGGACGAAGCAUUAUUAGAAGGGCAGUCUCCGUGUUACCUUGCUUGAGUGUGAA